CCGCCACGGUAAGGGGGGAAAAAGAGGGAGGGGGACGUAGAGCGGCAUAUCCACCACACGAGCGACUGAUGCCGUCGGUUGGUUGGUCUAUCAGCCGACAGAUUGAUUGAUUGGUGGAUUGAUCGGGUCAUACGAUCCUGGACUGGAUACGCGGCUAGGGGGUGGUCGGCAUAAUGCAGUAGGCAGGGGAAAGAUAUUUAUUUGGGCGGGGAGUGGUGUUUUUUUCCCGCGCCUGUGCGAGGGCGGGCGACAAUCCGUGGAGCCUGAAAUAGGAAAAAAAGAACGUGUAAAGCCGCUGGUGAAGCCACGUGGCCGCUAGCUGACACGUGUACGGGCGUAGAGGGCGAGCUGCCACGUCAGCAAAAUGGCGGGCAGUUUGACCUCCGUUCAAUCGCACAGCUUGUGCAAAGGUAGACUCGGGCAAGUCAUCAUCGCUGAGGCGUCUGGAUCUGGACGGGAAACGUGGCAUCAUUCUGGUUAUGGCUGCCGUCGGUUCUCUAGCCUCGCUGGCGGCGCGGGGAUAACACGUGUCAUCCAGGAAGGGACCGUGGCUGCUAGCAAGAGGAUGACGGCAUGGCAAAAUGGCGGCCAGAUUCGAUGGACGGCGGGAAGGUCGGCGGGAAAAGGCGCAGAGAGGGGGCGAAGGGGAGAGGCGCUGCCGCCUGCGUCGGGACUGGGAUUCGCAGCAGUGUUGCGGCCGAUCGGAUGGCGCGCACAGCGGUCGUCGGGUCUGAGAGGAUUACGUACGACCGGUACGCGGAGAAACAGACUGCCGCUGGUGAUCAUGGAAGCUGGUGGAGGACCGGCAGGCACAACUACCGAUAAUAAAGCAGUGGAGAAUGGCGUGGAGGAUGCAAAAAUAUUGCCAUAUUGCGACAUAACGAACAAAGAUGAGCAGAAGUCGCUAGGAGAGAUGGAACAAGAAUUCCUUGAGGCUCUUCAGAUGUUUUUGGAAGUUUCUAUGGCAUAUAGAGAUGGAAGGAGUGUUAUAAGUGACGAAGAGUAUGACAAACUGAAGAUAGAGUUGAAGAAACAAGGAAGCAAGGUUGUUCUUGGAGGGCCGCGAUGCAGUCUCCGAAGUAGAAAGGUUUACAGUGACCUGAUGGUAGAUUAUCUUCGAAUGACAUUGCUGAAUCUGCCUGCGGUGCUCAUAGCCCUUGGAAUAGUAUUCUUUUUGGAUGAUAUAACGGGAUUUGAGAUCACCUAUCUGCUGGAGCUUCCAGAGCCGUACAGUUUCCUAUUCACAUGGCUUGUGGUCCUUCCUUCAACCUACGUCAUUGCGCGUGGGCUCACGGACAUUGUCAUCAAAGAUGCGAUCAUACUUAAGGGACCUUGUCCAGAGUGUGGCCAUGAGAACAUCAGCUUCUUUGGCACAAUUCUGACAGUCGCUGGAAACUCGGGUGUGAAUGAAGUCCAGUGCGCUUCAUGCAAGGCUGACCUUCUGUAUGAUCGGGAGAUGAGGCAGAUUGAGAUAAAUGAGAACAAGAAAGCGGCUCCUCCAAAGAAGAAGGGUCCAUGCUAAUCUUCUCUGUAUCGUUCCAAUUUUAACGGAUUUGCUCGAGUUUUACCAAUCCUAAGUUUCCAUUUUGCUUAUUUAUUUGAAUCUUUAAUAAUAUUUUUAUUUCAAUUGUUUUGGGUUGCGCUUGCUUUCGACAGGCACCUCCGCGGAAGAAGGAAUGAGGGAAAGGAAGGAAUGAGGGAAAGGCAGGAGAGAAGAGGCAGCCAUCAGCGACAACAUGGAAGGCGUCAACAUCAACUCAACAUCGACCAAGCCAUCAUUGCUGCCACAAUGCGCACAAGCUCUAUAUUCAUGUAGUAUCUAUUUCCUGUCUACGGCUCCCAUCACUAAAAUGCAAACAGUCAGUGCACUCCGUUGCAUAGAAAACCACCAACUGCAUAUUCCGCUCACUUCAUUUAUUGUACGGUUACCACUGUUAUUAUUUCCUAUUUGGGCACAGUCAUAGAUUCAUGUUUUCCUGUGUGUACUAUUCUUCCCCUGAUUUCGUUCCUUUCUCUGCCACCACCUUCGCCACCCACCCCCGACAGGCCCCCCUCCCACCCACUUUCCUCUAAUUUAUGGCACCGGUAUGAGGGUCUCGUAGGAAGAAAUUGCGUCAGCGAUUCCUUCAACGAAAUGAUGGUGGAAGGUGCACGAACCGGGCGUGUGAACCAGAGGUUUGAACACUCAUGAGAUGUCUGUGGGAACAUCCUUUGUACCACCGCUCAACGCUCUGGGAAUAGUGAAAGUGAUGUAGCCUGUCAUUCUUCUUAGCCAAGGAGUCGUCAAGUGGCGCGAUCCGUCUUUCUUCACUCUUUCCUCCCUAUCUCUUCCUGAUUAUUUCUCUUUUUAGUUGUGACUCUGUGAGAUAAUAUCUCUUCGCUACUUCAUGAAGCAAAAAAGAAUAGGCUUUUCUAAUCUUCUUUACGACCAUUUCGCACAGUUCGCCGCAAGGCCCGCAACGUAACUGCAACUUUACACAAAGAGAGACCCUGUCAUGAGGGAAAACUGUCAUUUUCAAAAGGGGACGGACCAUCCUUAAAUCAAGGCGACCAUCCUUUUCUAGUUCUUUGCGCUUCAUUUCAAAAGUCCUUAUCGUCAUUACCCUCCUAUUAUGAUGAAAACACUUUCGCAAGUCCUCCUUUUUUUUGUUGUUGUUGUUAAAGCCAGUCCAUAUUGUCAGUGCACCAUUAUGGCGGAAACAGUCCUUCACAAGUGCACCCUUGUCCCAGUGGACCCUUUUUUGUCCCAGUGCAAACAAGAGUUAUUUUUCAGUCUUCCCUAAGUUCCCUGCCAAUACUUUUUUUGCUAAUCCAUACGUCUUUCCAAGGUUCAAUGGCCUUCAGUAGCCUCGUUUAAUCCGAAUGUGCAGCGUUUAAUCCAAAUGUGCAGCGUUUAAUCCGGAUGUGCAGGGGAAAAAAAAAAAAAAAAAAAAAAAAUCCGGAUGUGCAGGGAAUCUGGCCAGUAUUGUAAAUGAUUCCCUGCUAUAAAUCAACUGGUAAAUUACGA